CUCAGCAUGGCAGAGCGGAGGGCGGUUCAGCGUAGACGGUGUUGAGGAUGAGAGAGCGGGGUGCGAGGACUUUAUCUUUCCGUAGUUGAAAGCUGAGGACGGAAUAUCGCGCUGAGGGAGUUUAUUCGGACCUGUUCGACACUUUGUUUCCUGCUUCAUGCUGCUUUUCUCGGACGGAGCGCGUUUUGUUUUUGUUUUUGCAGACUGUGCGCCUGUGGGCUGCUUCUCCAUUCAUUACCGUCGCUGCUGGGCACUUUUAGCAUGUUAGCAGCGGUUUUUUUGCAGCUUUAAGAAAAUUUGGGGCGACAAAAAGUGCUUAAGUUGUCGCUGUUUGUGGUUUCUCGGGCUUAGAAUGAUGAAAUUGAGCUGCGCUGGCAACUAACUUAACUUAGUUGGCUGGAGAAGAAGGCUGCGCAGAGAACGCGAACGGACGAGACAGCUUCCUCUCUCGACAACUUGUAGCUGUUUGUUUUGUUUGCUUCCCCCAUGACUCUGGACAACCUAAAACACUCCGCUAUUCUCUCGACUUUGUUUAAAAUGGCAGAUGACAAUGACCUGAUAGGAGCCUCCGAGUUUAUAAAAGAUCGACUCUACUUUGCCACGUUAAGAAGCAAACCGAAGAGCACAGCGAACACGCACUAUUUCUGCACGGAUGAUGAGUUUGUGUAUGAAAACUUUUAUGCAGACUUUGGGCCCCUGAACCUUGCUAUGCUGUAUCGAUACUGCUGUAAACUCAACAAGAAGCUGAAGUCUUUCACACUGACCAGAAAGAGGAUUGUGCACUACACCAGCUUUGACCAGCGCAAGAGGGCUAACGCUGCUGUCUUAAUCGGUGCCUAUGCUGUGAUCUACCUGAAGAAGACGCCGGAGGAGGCCUACAGAGCUCUGAUCUCCGGCUCCAACGCUUCAUACCUGCCCUUCAGGGAUGCGUCGUUUGGAAAUUGCACAUACAACCUGACGAUUCUUGACUGUUUGCAAGGAAUCAGAAAGGCCCUGCAGCACGGCUUCUUGAACUUCGACACGUUUGAUGUGACCGAGUACGAACACUAUGAGCGUGUGGAGAAUGGAGACUUUAACUGGAUUGUCCCCGGAAAGUUCCUGGCGUUCAGUGGGCCGCACCCAAAGAGCAAAGUAGAAAAUGGUUAUCCUCUUCAUGCACCUGAGGCUUAUUUCCCUUACUUUCGCAAGCACAACAUCACCACCAUCAUCCGCCUGAAUAAGAAGAUCUAUGAUGCCAAGCGCUUCACAGAUGCCGGCUUCGACCAUUACGACCUGUUCUUUGUGGACGGCAGCACGCCAAGUGAUGUCAUCGCCCGCCGCUUCCUGCAUGUCUGCGAGAGCACCGACGGUGCCGUGGCCGUCCACUGCAAAGCGGGUUUGGGCAGGACGGGCACUCUGAUCGGCUGCUACCUGAUGAAGCACUACCGGUUAACUGCGGCUGAAGCCAUUGCAUGGAUCCGUAUCUGCAGACCUGGCUCCGUUAUCGGCCCCCAGCAGCACUUCCUAGAAGAGAAGCAGGCGAGUCUGUGGGCUCAGGGUGAAGUGUAUCGCUCUCAGCAGCAGAAGGUGCGCAUAUAUGAAGAGCGCAGCGUGGGCGUGCCUCACCUCAUCUCCAGCAUGGAUGACAUGACCAUCAGCACCAGCAUUCUCAAAGCCAGCAGCCUGGACCGGGUGGAGGAGAAUAAUGACUACGGUGAUAACGGUCUCAGCAUGACUCAAGGAGACAAACUGCGUGCCUUAAAGGGCCGGAGGCAGCCCAGAUCAGCAACCACGGGGGCUCUGAGACUUGAAGACAUGAAAAUGCACACCAGGUCCCCAUCACAGCCUUUCAGUAGACUGAGUGCAGCCUCCAGCCCCCAGGGUCCCAUUUCACCCCUCAAAUCCUCCAAAGUGUCGUCCUCUUCCUCCAUCUCCGCCUCUGCCAAGAGAAUCAGCCGAGACUCCUCGUCCUCAUCCAGACUCAAAAGCCCUCUUGUGGUCUUUCUCCCUCUCUGUGACUACCCCAUGCUCUAAUAUCACGCUUUAGAAUAGGUACAAUAGGGACAGUUCACUUAAUGCAGUAGGUGAUUCACUCCCUCCUGCCGAUCUAAUAGAGAAAGAGCCAAAGCCAGGACCACGCUCUGUUUUUGCUUUCACUCUUUCACAUGCACACUCCCUCUCUCUCCCUCUCUACCUCCCUCGCUCUGUACAAACCGGCCCCUCUUGAGAUACGUGUUACGAGUGUUUUUUUCUAUUUUGGUACUGAGUACAUGACGGUUGUUUCCCACUGCCUAACUGACAGCUGUGGCAAGCACUUUUUUGAUUUUUUUUGGAUUAAAUCAAGCUAAUCAGCUGUCAGUGCAGUAUUUUGUAUUUACAAAAUAUACAUUGACCAACAUGGCGCUAAAGCUGAGAAAGCACAUUCUUAUACAAGCAGUUUUGCUCCCACACUGUAGACAUCAGAAAGAAACCGAAAGUUUGAAGCCUCUGUGCUCUGUAUGGGCCUGUUUCGUUGUGUAGGUUGUGUGAUGCGUAUCGUCCUUUUUCACGCAGACUCAUGCAUACAUUUGAUGUGUUUGUUGGGUAAAAUAACUUACAGUUAAAAGGAAGCUGAAGCUAAACUGUUUCACAGCCUCCAUAAAGGAUAAACCUUAUGUGUAAAGGUUCAGCACUUUUUUCAGCACAUCGCUUCGACUCAGGACUUGCAAGUGCAUCAUGGAUACAUUACACAAGUGGCCUGUAAUAGCACAAGGGGAGGAGGGGGCUGUGAGGAGCGUCACCCCCCAACCCCGCAGACUUGCACUCUGCUAGGUUAGCCUCUUUAGUCGAGGUGCAUAUAUUUUAGGAAAAAUUGAUUUGUCUAGCUAUAGGAUCUGGUUAAAAAUGGUGGUGUAUCUCCCUUCGUUUUGUUGUUGCUAGCUGUGUAGACUUGAAAGAAAUGAAGUAAGUUUGUGCCAUAAACCCUAGUUUGAACAUUGCACAUUGGAUUUUAUAGUUUUGAAAUAUUAAAUGUUUUAAAAUUUUUAGUGCUGCUGCUUAUGAACCACUUUGUCUGCCAUUUCUUGGGGUUUGAAAAGGGAAUUGCGUCAGAAGUAGAACUGGACACUUGUGUUUACUCAAGCCCUCGCCCCUGCAAAAGCUCAUAAGCACACUUAACUUGAGCUAAUGAAAAAAAGGAACGGCCCUUAAGAGAACAACAGGAUUUCCCCAAGCGGAAAGGGUGAGGCUGACAAGGGCACAUCAAAAUAAGGACUAAAAUGAUGCCAACCAGUAGCUUAUGCUAACUGAGUUAUAGGACUAACGUUACCUAACUACAUAGUGUUCUGAGACAUAAGAGUUUAUGGUAACUUUAAAGAGAGACGUAGUUUUAACGUUAAUGGGUACUGUUACCGUGCUCAUCACUGAACAUAAACAAAAAGGACAGCCAUAUUAACCACUUUGGAACGUGUAUAGUAGUUAUAUUCAAAGAAUCUGUCUAGCACAUCAGGCCUAACUAGCUUAAGCCUUUUAAUGAACAUCUUAAUGUGUCAUACAGGCAACUUGCUUUAAAGAUGAUGUAAUUAUUGGGGAAGACAUUAUACCAUUAGUCAACUUUGAUGGUGCUGUAGAACAUUGGUUCUCAAAUAGAUUCUCAAGGACCCCUAGACAGUCCAGAUUUUUGCUAACAAACUUGCAACAGGUAGAGCUACACUCAGUGGACACUCUGGGGGCCCUUCAGAACCGGUUUGGGAACCACUGCUGUAGAAGAUUAGAUUUAAACCAGCUGAACCGCAUUUGAUUUUUAAUACAUUUUUCAAGGAGGUCUCGAAACAUCCUUCCAUUUAACUGGAAGCUAUUUUCCCCAGCAAACUAUGGGAUAAACCCACGAAUCUGCAUGAAAAAGACCUGUUGCUUGUGUUGCAGUGAUGAGUCCACCAUCCU